GGGGACGGUGCUGACGGCUGGGAGGACGAAAGGAGAGCACAGAAAGCUUUUGGAAAGAUAAAAGAGAGUGGGGAACGGCCCUGGUUUCCACCGUCCGUCGGGAAAAGAAGCACCCCCCAAAAUUUCCGUAGCUGCUGUAAUUGUCACCCCUAUCGGCGCUGAAAAUGUCGACCAGUCGUCAGCUGAGCGAGAGCAGGGCCAUCCCGACCAGGACGGUGUUGAUCAACGACACAACGCAGCUACCUCAUGACUAUUGUACCACCCCUGGAGGCACUUUAUUCUCUACCACUCCCGGAGGAACCCGGAUCAUCUACGAUCGUAAGUUCUUACUGGACAGGCGUAAUUCACCCAUCGCCCAGACCCCACCUGCUCACCUGCCUGUCAUCCCUGGAGUGACCAGCCAACAUGUCCUGAAUGAGAACAAGAAGAAUGAAGCCAAUAACCACAUCAACAACCACGAUGGCAAGCCCACUACCGGUAAGAACAACAGUGAUGAUGCUCAGUUUGAAAUGGACAUCUAACUGACUGGAACCACACCAACAAAAGCAAAUGACCUGGCAUCACACGUGCCAGUGGCUUGGCUUGUAGAAACCAAUGUUGUGAGCCCUCAUGGCAGCCAUCUUCUUUAGCUCUCUGUCUCGCUGCUGGAUGUAAUGUGUGUAAACCAUGGGAAUACAGUAUAUCAUACAUGCAGGUACAGUGGGCCAACUCUGGAAGCUAGGUAGAGGGUUUAUUUGAAUAGUUUUCCAUUGUUACCUGUCGCUGUACAAAUCAACAACCAGACAACAAGGGAGCAGGCGUGAAUAUUAUGCACCCAGACACUCAAUGUCCAAUUCGUAGAUUGCAGUGCUCGUCUUACGGCUUUCUACGAGUCCGGAUCCUCAACAGAGCACUCGGUAAAACUGACAAUAUUCCAACGUAAUUGAGGGAGGAAGUGGUCAUUUUUAAGUACUGGCCUUAGAAUCAGUCUAAAGCUUCGAUAUUCAUCACUGUCUUUGGUUUUGAAGACCCUUGCAAGCAUGUUAUUUAAGUGAAUUCUUUUUUUCUUUUUUUUUUCUCUUUUUUUUGGAACUACUUGAAAAGCUCCACAAUCUAUUAUUGGUUGUUUCGUCUGUUUAGUAUCCAGUGACAGUAUGUAAAGGGAUGGUGUGUUGUUUUAAUUUUCCAAUCAGUUGACGAUUUCAUGCCAUUCCAAUAGUUUAUUUUCAAUCACCAACACAAGCCUGUGUCAGUUUCCAGUUUUCAGGGUAAAAUAUAUUUUUUAAAUGACGUUUCGGCCAUGAUUUAAACGUUUAUUAGAUGAUUGUAUUUCCCGCUAAUUUACUCAUUAUAAAUCUGGCAACUGAAAAUUAACUUUUCAUUUAGAAUAACAUUUCAGUUUAGUAUAACGUUAUUCAGCUGGUUGAAUUAUUGCUAUUUUGACCUUGCUGCCAAUAUUAUUUACACGUCUCUCCUGCCAAGUAAAGUUAAUACAGUUUCUCCACCAGAAUUGAUGGUUACUUCACUCAUUUGUUGUGUUGGCAAGAGCUUUGUGUUCAUAAUUAGAUCUAUCGAAGCAAGGACGUAAUACUUGACAAUAUCUGUCACGUGUUUUUUAUCCAGACCACAUAAACAUUUAGAACAAUGUGGAAAUGGUUAUAUCCCAAAGUUCAUUUUUGGGUGAAAUACAAGAUUUUUGUUUUUGUUUUGAAAAAACUUGAAAUACUCCAGAUGUUUUAUAUGCAUUUUAUUUUUUAAUACAGUUUCUUAGUAUCAAGGGUAUCUGUUCGGGAACAAGUUCCCUUAAUCUACAAAUCUGUCCCCAGUGUCCUUAAUCCAUUUUACAUUACCUUAUUCUUCUCAUGUGUCAUCUGUGUCUGCCCAUGCCUUACUUUACAUGAAAUGCAGUAACAACAGCUAGGUUCCUCGUCAUCAAUUUGUACUUUCCAACAGAUGUUUAUUUUUUCACUAUAACAUCAAACAGGUAACAUUGUAUUUAGCAACUGAGCAAAACAGACACUUUUAAUGUAUUUUCUUUUUUUUCUACAUUAUUUCCUUCCUCAAACAGGUAUGAAGUUUGAUGUGUGAUGGUGCACAUUUGGCGCAUCUUUAGGAUGCUGAAGUUCAGAUUGCCAUGUGGUUAAAAAAGAGUCACAUGCGCAUAUAGGCCCACAUUUUUUACACCACAAUCAUAGUUCUGUCUACAAACUGUCCAAGUAGCAGCUUUGAACUUGGCAAAUAAAUCACAAUGAAGUACCAGUUUUUCAUUCAAAAUUCAUGUAUGAAGUUUAUUUCUUGGUAUGAUUGGAAAGACUGAAUGGCUGAAAUGAUGUCUAUCAAUGAUUUUUUCUUUUUGGCUUUGUAAUCCAUUCUGGUCAUGUGUGGUGACGAAUACAUCAAGGGGUUGCUUGAACCCAUUUUGCUUUGCACAUUUUUGGGCAGCAAAACUCAAAAUAUUAUGGCAUCAUGAUUCAGAUUGCAGGUUUAUUUCAAAUCAGUUUGGUUUGACACUGAGGGCUUAACAUUGUGUGUUGAGAGAGAUUUUAAACAAACUUACUGUAACUUUCUGUUCUGAUUUUAAAUAACUUUAAUUUUAAAUGAAACUCCAAUGCCAGUGGACACUGUUGCUGCAAGAUCAAUAAAGUUCUGUA